GACCUGCGUCAGGAACGAGGGCGGAGCACAUAACAGGGACAUAUACAGACAGGCGUAUAUCUGUGGCUGCUAUGGUCGUUCCCUGAUUCAAUGAAUGAUACAAUGGCUGCAUCGUCGAACAGGAUCAUGCUAGGCCCACUCGUAGCUGCUAUUGACCAAGGCACGAGUUCUACACGUUUUCUGGUUUUCAAUGCAAAAACUGCAGAGCUUCUCAGCCACCAUCAGGUUGAAAUUAAACAGAGCUUCCCUAAAGAAGGAUGGGUGGAGGAAGAUCCAAAAGAGAUUCUUCAGUCUGUGUAUGAGUGCAUGGACAGGACCUGUGAGAAACUGACCCAGCUUAACAUUGACGUUUCAAAUAUAAAAGCUGUUGGCGUAACCAAUCAGAGGGAAACCACCCUUGUAUGGGACAAACAAACAGGAGAACCACUUUAUAAUGCUAUAGUUUGGCUUGAUCUGCGGACCCAGUCCACAGUAGAAAGACUCAUCAACAAAACACCUGGCAAGAACAAAAAUCACCUCAAGGACAAGACAGGCCUCCCAAUUAGCACAUACUUCAGUGCAGUGAAGUUGCGAUGGCUAAUGGAUAAUGUGGAAAAGGUCCAUGAGGCUGUGCUUUCCCACAGGGCCAUGUUUGGAACAGUUGACUCCUGGCUUAUCUGGUGCUUGACUGGUGGGAAAAAUGGAGGUGUUCACUGCACAGAUGUGACUAAUGCAAGUCGGACCAUGCUUUUCAAUAUUCACACAAUGGACUGGGAUCCAGAGCUGUGCAUAUAUUUUGAUAUACCAAUGGGAAUUUUACCAAAAGUGAGAAGUUCUUCAGAGAUUUAUGGUUUAAUGAAAAUCAGCUCUAAGCUGAAAUCUGGCCCUUUAACUGGUGUCCCCAUAUCAGGGUGUCUUGGUGACCAAUCUGCUGCUCUGGUUGGACAGAUGUGCUUUAAAGAUGGACAAGCUAAAAAUACUUAUGGGACUGGUUGUUUCUUGCUUAAGAAUGUAGGAACAAAGCCUGUUAUGUCAGACCAUGGACUUCUGACCACGGUCGCAUAUAAACUAGGGCGGGACAAGCCAGCCUGCUAUGCGCUAGAGGGUUCAGUUGCCAUUGCAGGAGCAGUUGUGCGUUGGCUAAAGGAUAACCUUGGGAUUAUCCAGACCUCUACAGAAUUGGAGAAACUAGCUGCUGAUGUUGGCACAUCAUAUGGUUGUUAUUUUGUUCCUGCAUUCUCUGGGUUAUAUGCACCAUACUGGGAACCAAGUGCCAGAGGGAUCAUUUGUGGUCUAACACAGUUCACCAAUAGGAGUCAUUUGGCUUUUGCAGCCCUUGAAGCUGUCUGCUUCCAGACUCGAGAGAUUCUUGAUGCAAUGAACCAGGACAGUGGAAUUAAUCUCUCUCAGCUCCAGGUUGAUGGAGGCAUGACAUCCAACCGAUUACUGAUGCAGCUGCAAGCUGACAUACUGUGUAUCCCAGUCGUAAAGCCGUCCAUGCCUGAGACCACGGCUCUGGGUGCUGCCAUGGCAGCAGGAGCAGCUGAAGGGGUUAGUGUGUGGAGCCUGAACCCUGAAGAUCUCACAGAGGUCACUUCAGAAAAAUUUGAACCUCAGAUCAAUCCAGAAGCAGAAAGUGAACUGCGAUAUGCUCGUUGGAAGAAAGCUGUUCAAAGGGCCAUGAACUGGGAAACCAUAGAGCCAGUCAACAGUGGAAAUGAGGACACUAGUAUCUUCAGUAGUGUACCCUUGGGCUUUUACAUUCUGGGUAGCAUGUUUAUGUUAAUUGGAGCGAAGUACAUUGCAGGGCAGAAGUUGGCUUGAACUGAAAAACUGAAGACUCAAAAUGUGCUGUAGUGGCACUGGCAUUAAAGUAUCAGACGAUUCCAUCACGUGUGGUACCUCAGAUUUACAAAUGAAGAAAUUGUUUGGCUAUGCAGCAGGAAUUUUUUUAACAUAUAUGGUAUAAUUGCUUGAAAAUAAUGUGAUUGUGUAAUUUAUCAAUUUUAAUUAUGUAAUUAUUUUAUAAAAUAAUCCCAACACUGUUUAACACAAGGAACUCUUUGACAUUGAAGUUGCAGAGGCUCAGUGUUUCUUUUGUUCUGCUGCUAUUUUGCCUACACUGUAAAUUAUGUAUUGACUGUCAGACAUCAACAUGCACAUUGUGGGGAAUUGUUAUUAAGUUUGAAAAAAUCAAGACAUGCUGAAAUUACUACCUGUUUAGGAGACUUAUUUUAGUACACUUUACCAUGUAUUGUGCUGGGUUCUUUUUUGUAUAACCAGCAAUGGAAUUCAAUUCAUUUUGUUAUAUCUAUAGUGCUUUUACAAUAUAUAAAAGCAGCUUAAUAUAAUGACAUAUUAAUAAAUUGAAACUGCUUCAGUCCAGUUUUCACAGAUGAAGUUCAGUUUAGUUUAGUUCAGUUCAGUGUAACUUAAAUAUCACUGCCAUAAGCCAAAACAGUAAAGAGCAAAUCCAAGAGCUGCAAUCUGGGCUCCGGAUCCUUGAGAACGACUGACAUCUAUCAUAGAGAGACUGCAGGUCAGUCUUACAAUCUCCACUUGUCCAAGACCACCACAACAUCUGUUCAGCAUAUGGGAUGGAUCCAGGAUUAUAAAGACCUCGGGAUAAGGAAAAACAGACUAACUAGUGUAGAUACUAUUUAGAUUAUAAUGUCUUUUUGUUGGGAAGUGUUCCCAGCUCUGGUUGCACUAAUUAAUGCAGCCUAACAAUUCUUUAGAGGAUUUGGAAGCGAUGCAUUUGUGUUUGUGUCAAUCACAAACUCCAAUUUUGGGCUCGUGAGCAUACACAUCAGUGUGUAUUUGUCAAAAUAGUUGAGUCCGAGAGAUGGAGGAGAAACGGAAGGGAGAAAUUGAGGGAAACACUGGAAAUUCUAAAUAUGCACAGCACUUGACCACACACUCACACACACACUCUGUCAUGCGCUGCAACCAGGCAGUCAGCAGGUGCUUUGAGCAGAAAACCCCCAGUUGAUAGCAGUGCAUAUCGGACAGUUUAUCAAAAAUCUACUGCUGGGUCUAAUUUCAAUGUAGUUGUUAAACGUGAUAUUUAAUUCAUCUUGUUGUCUAUAUCUAAUCAGUCUGUGGUCUUUUGAAUCUAUUAGCGACUUGUUCUCAGGUAACUCGUUCUGGCAAAGAGAAAAGAUAAGUCAAUAUAUUAAUUUAUGUAACUGAUUCUGCAUAUUUGACUCAUUGCUUGCCUAUAUUGUAUAAUUUUUUUCUGUUAUACUUUUAUAAUUGCCAUUAUUGAUUAUUAAAACUUACAUUCAGCAAAA